GCCCGGCCCGGAAGCGCUCGCUCCCGAGACCCCCGGGUGACGGGGUCGGGAGCUGCCGUCGGGAGCGAGCGGGUAGGUCGCGGGGGUCCCUGCAGUUUCCCGCUCACCGCAUCCGCCGCCAUGGCCUGGACCAAAUACCAGCUGUUCCUGGCUGGGCUCAUGCUCGUCACCGGCUCCAUCAACACGCUCUCGGCCAAGUGGGCAGACAACUUCGUGGCCCCAGGCUGUGGAGGGAUCAAGGAGCACAGCUUCCAGCAUCCCUUUCUCCAGGCAGUGGGCAUGUUCCUGGGGGAGUUGUCCUGCCUGGCGGCCUUCUUCCUGCUCCGGUGCAGAGCUGCGAGGCACCCAGAUGCCAGCAUGGAUCCCCAGCAGCCCUUCAACCCCCUUCUUUUCCUGCCCCCUGCCCUGUGCGACAUGACAGGGACCAGCAUCAUGUAUGUGGCCCUGAACAUGACGAGUGCCUCCAGUUUCCAGAUGCUCCGGGGCGCAGUGAUCAUAUUCACGGGCCUAUUCUCAGUGGCCUUCCUGGGGCGGAGGCUGGCGCUGAGCCAGUGGCUGGGCAUCCUUGCCACCAUCGUGGGGCUGGUGGUUGUGGGCCUGGCCGACCUCCUGAGCAAGCAUGAUGAUCAGCACAAGCUCAGCGAAGUGAUCACAGGGGACCUGUUGAUCAUCAUGGCCCAGAUCAUCGUCUCCAUCCAGAUGGUGCUCGAGGAGAAGUUCGUCUACAGGCAUAAUGUGCACCCGCUGCGGGCGGUUGGCACUGAGGGCCUCUUUGGCUUCGUGAUCCUGUCCCUGCUGCUGGUGCCCAUGUACUACAUCCCCGCCGGCUCCUUCAGUGGAAACCCCCGAGGGACGCUGGAGGACACGCUGGACGCCUUCUGCCAGGUGGGCCGACAGCCGCUCAUCGCCCUGGCGCUGCUGGGCAACAUCAGCAGCAUCGCCUUCUUCAACUUUGCGGGCAUCAGCGUCACCAAAGAACUGAGCGCCACCACCCGCAUGGUGCUGGACAGCCUGCGCACCAUUGUCAUCUGGGCACUGAGCCUGGCGCUGGGCUGGGAGGCCUUCCACCCUCUGCAGAUCCUGGGCUUCUUCAUCCUCCUGAUGGGCACCGCCCUCUACAAUGGGCUGCACCGCCCGCUGCUGACUCGCCUGGCCAGGGGUCGCCCACCCUCAGCAGAAGAGGGCGAGCAUGAGAGACUGCUCGCUGGUGCUCGGACUCCCAUCAAUGAUGCCAGCUGAGCCUCUGGUGGGUUCUCUGCUGCUACCUGGAUGCACCUUGUCCACCCUGAGGCCGAGGCCACACAGUGGACAGUGUCCUGUCCCCAAGGCCUCACCCUGCCCCUCCUCACAGACCCCCGAGCCCCCCAGAGCAGCUGCUGCCACAGGAGAUGACCAGACACCCAGGUCCUCCUUUGUCACCACCCCCGGCAGCCCCCACAGGCCUGAGUGCGGUGACCCUACGCCCUGCCAGGUUCCCACCCCACACCCCCCAAGCCCCUCCUGCAGCACUAGCACUAAAUCAUGAAGUGGUAUCGCAGGAACUAACAUCCCUAAGAUUUCCUCCUAAAUCAUACACUAAAUUUGGUUCUCCAGAGAAGAGAGGUCAGUGAACAAAUUCAAACCGGAACUAAGCGCCAUAUUUUCUAGAACUUGUAGGCUCUUCGCUAACCCUGUCUUGGAGACCUAAGUUUUAGCUGGACUCUGCCACAAACACAGCAUAUGUCCCCCAGCCCAUUAGCUACUGGCCCUGGGCCUUUGGGUCCUUGUCUGUAAAGCAGAAGGUGCAGUUGCUGCGGCUUCAGUACCUUCCAGCCUCUGCGGGGCCCACCCUGCGGGAGAGGAGGAGCCCGUUCCUUGGAACGGACCCUUUGCCCACAGUGCCUCCUCCCCGUGCCAGUGUUAGUCCUUGCUCCCACGCUCUCAAGGCCUCCCUGCCUGCGGGAGAUGUCGGGAUUUCCAAGCAGCCCUUAAUAGCAGCUUCUAUGAACUCUUCACCUUCCAUUUUAAAGAUGAAAAGACUGAGGCCCAGGGACGUAAGUGGUCUUGUAAGAAGACUCUCCUGCUGUGGACUCUGGCCAUGCACUUGGGAUCCAGAGCACAUCUGGACCUCAACCCCACCCCCAGCAACCUGACUCCCUAGAUAUCCCUCCAGGGUGAUGAAUUUACAGCACCGCACCAUUUAGAGUAAUUCUGGUAUCCUAGGCAUGUGUUAAAUGCUCAGCGGUAAUCCUCUGGCGUAACAACCUGCUCAGGUGCGUGCAGAUGAAGCCGUGGCCCAGAGGUGGUUAACUGGCUUCCUCACGGAACCAGCAGUCCAAGCUAGGUUUGCCUGAUUCCAAACCUGCAGCUCCACCCACCGUACAGGUCUCUGGGGUCGUCGGGGUAAAUUUCCCAUGGCCGGGGUAAAAGCUUCAUGUGCUGUUGCCCUCCCCACCCUGAAGAGAGGGGACUGGUAUUGGGGGCCCCAAGGAGCGGAGCAGCUCUUCCUUAUGGAGUUCCUCACUCCGUGGCAGUUUCUGGAACCUCAGACCAUUUUUCUGGGCAGCUCAAUCAUAAAACAAAACACCGAAUGCCUUCCUUAAAAUAGAUUCUGGGGGAAGGGAUCUUUGACAAACAAAGCCCUCAGGCUGUGUGGAAAUCAGCAGGUUAUUACAGUUUGUUGGGAGAGGAGGGCCUCUCCAUGCCACCAGCUCCGAGUCCCAGGGGCCCCGGAGUUUUUGUGGGUCACAGUGUGUGCCACAAAAGGAAAUGGAGGGUAAGUGUGGUGGGGACUCCAGCCGCCCUGUCCAAAACAACUGGGACCUUACAGUGUCGUUCUAGGCUCUGUUUUUAAAAACAAAAGGGAAAUUGGCAGUGUGGCUUUUUUUUUUUUUUUUUUUUUUUUUUAAUGGGAGGGAAGGAGCACAAGGGUUAAACAUCAGGCCUGCCACCAAAUCAGGCAAAUCACUUUAGCUCUGGAGCUUUGGGUCUUCACAUCUCUAAAGUGGGAAAGCCGGCCCUCCAUCUUGCUGGAUGAACGCAAAAAUCACGUGAGAUAAUAAAUCGAAGGUGCCUGUAAA